AUGAACAAAGUCAUUUCCGGCUCUAACGCCCUGGUAGUGGGCGGCACCAGCGGCAUCGGCUACGCAAUCGCCAGCCGUUUGGCAACAUCACCCAAUUACCAGUUCUCAGCAAUAACUAUCGUAGGCCGCACAAAGCCUCAGGCUAUGCCAGCUGAGAAAGUCUCUUUUCGCUCCGUCGACGCGACAUCAAUGCACGCUCUUAAGGAGUUUGCGCAAGAGUUCCGAAGUGAUAGCAAGAACAGUCCUCUUGAUCUUGUCGUGAUGACGCAAGGAAUCAUGUCAUUCGCUGGACGGACGGAAACACCUGAGGGGAUUGACAGGAAGAUGGCGUUACACUACUACGGUCGUCAGCUCCUGAUCAGAGAGCUCAUGCCCAUUCUAAGCCAAGAUGCGAAAGUUCUUCUUGUUCUGGAUGGACUCAAUGCUAGUCCUGAGAAGUUGAAUUGGGAUGAUCUCGACCUCAAAGAAACCUUCAGUCUGGCUCACGCAGCAAACCACUGCAUCACCAUGAAUGAUGCAAUGAUACAGUAUCACGCCAUUGAAAACAAAGCUGCGAAACAGUUCUUCGCCCAUGGUUAUCCCGGAGUUGUAAACACAGCGACGCCGAAGAACUCAGCUUGGUAUUUCCGAGCUGUGUCCAAGGUUGCUUCGAGAUUGGUUGGUCUGCAGCCUGAGCAAUGCGCUGAAAGACAACUUGAUGGACUGUAUAAAGCGGCGGAUGAGUUACAAUCGAAGGAGAUUUCCUGGGCUUGUAUCGAUAAUCAUGGAAAGGUGAUUGGAGGGAAGAAAGAGUGGAGUGAGGAGGAGAGAAAGAAGAUUGCUGACCAUACUUGGGCUCUUGUGGAUCGGGCAUAA